CCGCGGCUCACCUUGGCAAGAUUGUAAACAAAAAUCUAAAUGAUCGUUCGUUUAGUGGUUUAGUUUGAUUUUGUUUAUUUGUAAAUAAUUAUGGAGGCUGAAAAUGCCGAAGAUAGUUUUGGGGACUCGGCUAAUCCCUAUCAAACGACAAGACUUUCGCUCUUUGAUAUUAAUAUGGAGAAAGCAAGAGCUAUGAAUAAAGUAAGCCAGUGAAUGCACUAGACGCCAUUGGGUUUAUAUAAAUUUAUGUUCAGCUUCAGUCUUUGACACUGUUUUAUUUUGCUUGCUUAGAAACAUCUUAUACAUCGUGUCAUAUUUGUUGCUAAAAUAAGUUCCAGUGUCUCAGAAAGGAGAGAAAUUGGAGGUGGGUGCAAAAGCUAUGCAAGUCUAUAUAGGGGCAAGGGUUCACCCCCCCCCCCCCCCCCCUCUGAACCUUCCAGCUCUCCCCACCACCUUGCAGAUGUCAUGCACCUAAUAGCAGUAGUGAUUACUUGUACAAGUGCUAUUAAAGCAAGCAACAUUUUUGACAACACAUACGGCUGUCAUACACAAAGUCAAUCGAUCCAAAUACUGAUGGUGAGUGAUUGUGACAGCCACUCUUGUUUGAAAUCACGAACAUAUAACUACUUCGACUACCAUUCUUGAUUUUAAGCAAGAACUGUUGACACCAUCACUGUGGCUCCAUUGAUUUCAAGCAAGAAUUGUUGACACCAUCAUAACGGCUCUACAUACACAUUGUCAAAAUGUCGCUUGUUCUCUAAGGACUUGCCUUACCCAUCCUCUUACAUCCCACCUACUUCACACCCUUGCAUCAGGUGUGUAUGCCCCCCCCCCCCCCCCCUCCCAUCAUCCCACUAGUAGCAACUAUAAAUUGCCUAUAUGUUCUUACAACUCAUUUACUAGGUUAUUAUGAAAGAUUAUUCAAACAGCUGCAUUCUCAAAUCCAAGGAGAAACAUUCACAGGCUUGCUUCUCAUCUAUCCAUCACAUAUCGUCCACAUUGUCGAGGUACUCUUGCAUUUUGAGAGCUGCUAUGCAGGCUAAGGUACUUUUUACACCUGCAACUAAUACAGAGCUAGCAACAACCUUUCUCAUGUUUGAUUUUUAGACAUCAACAAACAUAUUGCAGGAAGUAAUAAAAAGUUUAAAAAGUGUUGAAAGUACCAGAAGGUGAGUGAAAUACUGUCAUGCAUGAAAAGACACAGUUUAGAGAAAGACUCUGUAUUUAAUUUUGCUUGUUUAUUAAUUAACCUUUUAAGUGGCAAUGCACCCUGAUGACUCUACUUUAUUAUUUUACUCUGUCUAACGGCAGUGCUGCCACUCAAUGGGUUAAACAGUGUCUAUAAUAUCUCUUGUUAAUUUAUUAGACAGUGCCUAAUAAUAUCUCUUUAUUUUUUGUUAACAGUGGACUUGUACAUCAAGUAAAAAUUUUGGUAUAUGCCCAUGAUGUAUCCUUUGAAAAUCCUCUCCUCCCUGGCUAGCUUUGGCACGUUUGGUCAAUUUUGGGCUAGCAUUUGGUAAGUAUGACGUCACAUACGAAAUGAAAGAAAUGUGACGUUGACCAAACCUGCCAAAGCCAGCCAACCUGGCUGAUGUAGACCACUUCAUUUCUGCACAAAACGAAUCUUCGAAUAACUUACCUGCUAAAUUGAGGGAAAAAUAAGUUAUUUGGGCCAGAAGCACAGAAUACUACACAGAAAUCCAUCUGCAGUGGUUUUUGCGUAAGCUCUAUUCGUCAUGAUUCAUCACUCAGCAAGUACCGUAAACAGAAGCAGUCACCCCCUGGAAAUACUAAAAACGGCGCACGUCCAGGGGGGUGACUGCUUCUGUUUACGGUACUUGCUGAGUGACGAAUCAUGACGAAUAGAGCUUACGCAAAAAGCAAUGGAGAUGGACUUCUGUGUAGUAUUCUGUGAUUCUGUGCCAGAAGGCAGUCAAAGAGGCUAUUUGUAUGCAAUAUGUCCUUACUACCUUAGCCUUAGAAACUGACCAGUGGGUUUGCCUCAUCUUGUUGCAUUCUAGCGAUAUCCAACCGACGUUUCGUUCCUUUCAAAUUUGAUACUACUAUCACAAUUACUAUCACAAUUACUAUCACAAAACGUACGUCAGUCGCUAUUAAAAUGAGUCACGUUGCGCGCGUCAUCGGUUUUGCGAUACAAAUUUUGCGACAAUUAAUUUUCAACAGUAAUUUUGGGUAAAAUGAAAUCUCACCCACAAAGAAACGCGAGCAUAUAGUCUGCAUUUAAAUGUCUCUGCCUAGAUUACAUCAAUUUUUAUUUGAUUAAACUCCACUUUGUUUAAAGACACAUUGUCGUUCUGACCAAAAAGGUACGCCCUUCUUUUGUCAUCAGCUCUAGAUCCGUUUUGGUAGAAAUUUAACCCGGAAACUACUUCUAGCCUAGUAUUAAGCCUGGAAUGAUCUUAUAUUCUUGACAAGAUAAACCAUACAGAUCCCAUCAAGGGUAUUUACUCAAUGGAGUUUUCGAGUCUUGAAUAUUCCUACAUCACGAAUGGAGAGUUACGAUACCACGCAAUCAAGCGAGACUGUUGUAAGUCGCAAAAAUGAUGACAUUCAUAUAAUACAUUCAUAUAAAUUAAUAUUUCUAACUAAAACAUACUAAUACACUACUAAUGAAUUUAUUUAUAACAUUCUGUUAAUGCAUAGGUAUCAGAAGCCAUCGUACUGCUGUUAAAACUGGGCCAAUACCUCGCCAAAAUACCGAAGGUACGGCAAACAUUUGCAGCGGGCUUACGAAAUGGUUUUUGCGAUGACUGGAAAAGAGUAGCCUUAAUUAAUAGUUGAAGUGUAUAGUAGUAUAGUUUGAAUUAGUUUCAUAUUUCACAGCUGUUCCAGGUUAUAGGUCUGAUAUUGUAUACAGGGUGUCCCGCGCAAAAAAGUAUACCUUUUGAAAUCAAGUCUUUGUUGGAAUUUGAAUGCCUUAUUACUAUGCUGAACGGAGUGCGUAAACAGAAUAGAAGUGAUGUUUGUGAUGUUACUCUGAGUAUAUAUCCAUACCGGGCAGGCUUGAAAAAUAUGCCUGGCCACGGUGGGAAUCGAACCUACGACCUUUGGAAUACUAACCCAAUGCUCUGCCAACUGGCAACUGAGCUACGCGGUCUGGUCGGUUGGAGGGAUAAUCUCUCCGUUACCAUACAAGCUGCCUGCUACACGAAAGUUUGGAUUUACAUUAGGUUAUUCAAAUACAUUUUUAGGUGAAUCUCAAGGUAGCCAUGGAUCAACUACACGAAAAAGUCCCUGACUUGCUAUUACCACAAGGUAAAUCGGUUCUAUUCUAUUGCGAUUAGAUUAUGACUAUGAGUGUAUAGUGUCUAUGGCCUUCGAUGUAAAGGAUGUAAACUUAUACAGGUGCAACUUGGGAUAUUUCAGGCUUUGACAUCGUUCCUUUCCUUUCCUACACUUCUUGAUUGAAGUUUUUUUCUUAUUCUUAGAUAUGAUUGAAUAUUUUUGUGAAUGUAACGACUUGUGUUCUCCGAAGGAAUACUUAGAACACUACGGGAAACCUUUUGAAAUUGUCUUGGAUAGCGGUAAGAAAUUAGCCUGA